GGUAGGCGAAAAAGACUUUCUUACAUUGGAAGAAGACCAAAUACUAGUAGCUUCCACUCCUUUCAUUCCAUUCGAUUCCUAUGCCUGCCUAUCUCUACUAGCUACGGUACUAGUAGUCAGUACAAGCACACAGCAAUCUACACGUGAGAGAUCUGUUGGAAUUGAAAGCAAUCUACUCUCUUAGCUAGCUAGCUACUAGGUAGAUCCUUACUCAUUCAGCCAAGACCCGCCAAACAACCAAGAUGCCGCGAGGAGGAGGACUUCAAUCGGAGCUGGAGAAGUUGCCCGGUGACAGCACGCGAAAUGUGUAUAACGUGGCAACUCCCAAGCAUUUAGUGUCGUCCAGUGGUGCCAGUAGUGGUAAAGCAGAAGGAUUACCGGGUGUCCCUUCGGGUCCUUCUUCUUCUUUUGCCUCUGGUCCUUUUUUUACUUCGGGUACAAAUGCAGCCACUACAGGCGGCCCCAAGACGCUACAGCAAGUGUGUCGCGAGGAAAUUGAGAACUUGCACGGCAUCUUUGUCUGUUGGUUCAAAGGCCUGCAGCCCAAGGAAGAAUUGGAAAAGGAACUACUCGAUCGCAUCACGUCGGGAUUCAGUCACAUUGCUCCCAAUGGUCAAUUCCUCAAGGGUCGAUCCAAUCUACUGUUGAAUUUGACCGAAAAGUACAAUGCGUAUCCCAGCAAAGCCUUUGAUAUUCAGAUUGAAAAUGUCAAGGUGAUUUGGACACAGAACGAUUUGUGCUUGGUCACAUACGAAGAGUGGCAGUGGUGGAGAGACAUUGAUAUGGGGGGCGGCAGUAGUCAUCACAGUAGUACUGCUAGUGGAAGCUCUACCAGCAACAGCAACAACAAGGAUCAGCAGCAACCACAAGAUGAUGUCAUUCGUUUUGGACGUCUCAGUUCUUGUCUCUUGAAGCAACGUCCGGGAAAUUUCCAAUGGAUUCAUGUCCAUGAAACGUGGCUGGAAGGAUUGGGACCCAACGAAGCGGCUGGCAUCUAUCAACAAAAUGGCGAUGAUGACAACAACAGUGAAAGCAGCGGAUCCUACAAUGUAGAAGUCACCUACAAAACAGGAGCGGUAGACACCAAGAAAAAAAAGAAAUCAUCCAAAAAGACACCACCAUCACAAAAUAAUCCUGCCGUCGUCAAUGGCGUCAACAAAGAAGACGGGGAACACCACGUCCGCUUUAGCGCUCAACGGGAGGAAGUCAGCUAUGCCUACAAAAAAGUUCAUCACGACAAGCCAGAAGCUACUAGUCCAGAAGCAUCCGCACCAAGUAGUAGUAACGACAAAAAGAGCAAGAGCAAAAGUAGUUCCAAUAAUGGCAACAACAGCAAGCUAAAAGAAAAACGAGUGGUACAACUGACUCCAGUUCCUACCACCGCACAGGCGCCAUCCAAUGCAUCUCGACGACGACACAUAUCCCCACAAUUAACCGAUUUUGCCAAAGCAUGUAUGGUCAACAACGAAUUAAUCGGUAUAUCCAUUCAUGGAUGGGAUAUUGGGACGGGACAGGGACCCAUGGGAGACGAAGGAUGGUUCGCCGCUGCGACAACCAACUUUGAAAAUGUGUCACAGUAUCGCGGCAACAAAACUGCAACGAGGAGACGGCUCGCACUGCCCGAAAUGGUAUUUCCCGCGGCGCAUGUGGCCUUUGAACACCGAAAACAGAAUCUUUGGAUUUCAUGGGAUGUACUCGAUUCUCUCGAUGAUUGGGCCAAAGCACAUCAGUUGAUUCCUGUGAAUUCCGAUAAGGAGAAUAAUGGUGUGUCGGUGCUCAAGAGCGAAGAUGCCGAGUUGUGGGCCAAAAACAAGAACAAUAAGAUACCGGACGGGAAAAUGUCCACUGAAGUCUUUCACUUUGACUGGACGUACAGUUCUCCAUUUUGUGGGUCCGUGGAGGGUGGGUUCUGGGAUCCGUUGCCGUCAUCUGGGCUAAAACUGGAUAUGCUAAAAGACAAGAGUGUACCCAUCCUGUUUUUUGAUGAACUGGUACUGUACGAAGACGACCUUCACGACAAUGGACACGUUCAAUACUCGUUAAAGAUUCGUGUCAUGCCAACUUGUGGUUUCGUGUUGGCUCGGUUGUGGGUACGGAUUGACCGAGUGAUGCUGCGAUUGAGAGAAACAAGAGUCAUGUUUGAAUUUGGAAAGACCCCCUCCGAAGAUACCAAGAUUUUCCGUGAUGUUACUUGGAGGGAAUGUCCAUGGAAAGACUUGGGCGCGCACAAACUGCCAACAAACCUCAAAGUCUGGUGCUCGGACGGUCAUGAAACCCCGCAGCUUGCAAUGCUCAUGUCGAAACUGCCCGAAGUAGAACUACCAAAAGGGAUUUCAAAAUAUGCCGCGUUGAAACGGGGUGGGAACGCAGCAAAACCACGCGGUGGGAAAGCAGCAAAACCAUAAGACAAGUACUGUAGUAUUAUGUUAUGUGAGUUUGUGAUGAGAGUGCAUCCAACAACGGAGUUCAGAGAUGGCUGGACGGAAGCAACCAGGUAGAUGUGGAGAUAGAU